UCAAAUCUUAACCACCACAACUGUGGAUUGAGGUGUUAGGCAAUUUCAUUAUCGAGAUAGUGUCCUUUAAUCACUCGAAAUCAUAUCCCAUUAUUAAAUUGCACAAUUAAUAACGGUUUCUAUAACCUUAACUCUUUUUUUUUUGGAAAAAAAUCACCUUAUUAUUGUAAACUAAUUCUUUUUUUGAAAAUGGAAUAUAAAUAUAUCUCAAAAUCAAUAGAAUAGAUCAUUUGGUUUUUCCACAGACACUGAAUUUUAUCACAUUUAUUGGUAACUCUUAACAUUUUGCAAUCUUUUACAGUAUUUUUUAAAUAGCACAAAUUGGCUUAAAAUGACUAUUGAAACUCAAAUCAAAAAAAUCGCCAUUAUUGGUGGAGGUCCUGCUGGGAUUGGUGCAUUGAAUGAAUUAAUACACACAUCAAAAGAUGGGAAAUCCUAUAUUGGCGUAAAGGAUUUGUCCUCCAAUGAACAAGCAUUUGGUGACAUUGUCGUGUUUGAGAAAAACUCGUCAACUGGUGGACUUUGGAAUAAAGACAUUAUUGAAAAAGCUCUUGAUCCUCAAUUACCUAAUUUGGAACUUGAAAAUUAUGAUAAAGCAGAAGAAGUUUAUUACAAGUAUAAAAUUCCAGAAAAUAUCACUAAUGAAUAUUCCAUUGACAAGCCACUUGCUAUAUCAAGAAAAAAAAAUAACACUGAUAUUUACCAAUGGUCAAAUUCCGGUGUUUAUAAAGAUUUAUUCACCAAUGUCGCAACUAAAUAUAUGACUUUUUCAUAUGAUAAAGUUGUUCCAAGAUUAAACAGAGCAUUGGGUCCAUUGCAAUCAGCCUGGGAUGUUACCAAUUAUUUAGAAAAAGUCGUCAAAGAUUAUGAUUUAAAAAAAUAUUUUAGAUUUUAUUCGUCAGUUGAGAAUGUUGAAAAAAUUAACGAUAAAUGGGUUUUGACAGUUAGAAAACAAGUAAUCGCUGACGAUACUGAGGAAAAAUUCAUUAUAAAUGAAGAAUGGUAUCAGGAAAAAUUUGAUGCAGUUAUCAUUGCUAACGGAAAAACUAUUCCUUAUUUCCCCAAAAUUGGACUUUUAAAGGAAUUUGUUGAAACUAAUCCAGAUAUCUACAUCACACAUUCUAAAUCGAUUUUAGAUCCAGAGAUUUUACAUGAAAAGAAAAAAGUUUUAUUUAUCGGUGGUAGUAUCAGUGCAGUUGAUUUAGUUCAAUAUACUUUCCCAAGACCUCUAAAUCCUUCAACUGUUUUUCUUUCAAGAAAUUCGUUACCUACUUAUCAAUGGGUUAAAAACUUAUCAGAAUCCGAAGGAAUAACAGUCAAAACAAGAAUCAGAAAUUUCAUACCAGACAAACAAGGUGUAGAAUUUGAAGAUGGAUCAAUUGAAACUGGGUUCGAUGCUGUAAUUUUUGCUACUGGAUACCAUCAAUAUGUACCAUUUUUAAGUAAGGAAUAUCUUAAAAACCAUCCAAGAGCAUUAGAUUUCUAUUUACAUUCAUUUUCUCUUGAAGACGAAACAUUGGUAAAUGUUGGAUAUAAUACAGAUAUCACAGCUUUUUUCAAUAGAUUAGAAGGUUAUUCAGCUGCUGUUGCCGGUGUUUGGUCAGGUUUUAAAACCCUCAAGUCCAAAAAGGACCAAGAAGCUUGGAUCGAACGUCAAAAGACUAUAACUAAUAAAGUAUUCCACCAAGAUGUAAGCCAAAUUAGGAAAGAGUAUGUUGAUGAUUUGUUAGAGUUUUUCCCAGAGGGCAGAAAUGAUCCAUUUGGUGGAGAAAGAACUAGUUUCCCAACCGAUGCUGUCGAAGCUAUAGACACUAUUCAAAAGAUCUUCUUCGACAUCAAAGAAGGAAAAGUAGAUGGAAAGGGGGUUUUUGAAGUCCUGGAAUAGAUUUUUCUUUUUUUAUUUCUUUUCUUUUCUUUUUCUUUUCAGUUUUAUCUAUUUAUCUUUUUAUUUUUUUUAUCCUUAUUAAUGCUAGGGGUACAAAUGAUCACCUAAUAAUUUGACAUUAUCACAAAUUCAGAGAGUGCCAC